GCUUUUAUUUUUCUUUAAGCCAAUUAAUUAGAGCUUUUUAAUAUAUUUUCAGUAGUGAAACAAUGUGUACAAAACAUAUAAAUGCAUAGACAUAUUAGGCAUGCUGAUAGAAAUACAUCUUAGAGAUUCACAGAACACUUUUUUUCCCCCUACCCUAAACUUUCAGGUUCUAGAUAACCUGUUUCACAACCUUAGAUAGCUUUCAGUUAAAUAGCCUUAAAUUUGCAUAUUAAAGGAAACAACUCAGGCAAAAAUCAAAUAGCAAAAUUUACAUCAUAAGAUUCAGAAAGAAAAAGUCUGUUGUGCUAGAGGGAGAUUAAAGAUGGAUGCCAAAUCUAACAUCAAAUUAUAAAAAUCUAUCAUAGGAUUGUGUAAGGAGACAAAUUUUAUUUAGAUAGGCACUACCUAUUUUUAAACCAGAUGUCUGAGCUCUGGGCAGAGCCCACAUUGAAUCCUGAGAUUAUUUAUGAGGCUAGACCAUGUGAUGUUUUUAUGGUGCACUUAGUAAAAAAAUUUUUAAACAAAGACAUUUCUAAGUGUCUAAACUACACUCUUCUUUAAAAACCCAAGAGUAGCCUCUGUUGCAAUUACUAUUUUAGUCAGUAAAUCAGAUAACAAUACAAAAGCAGUUUAAAAGCUGAAAUGAACUUGUCUGUUUACACUCUUCUGGUUUCAUAAGGAGAAACAGGUUUCUCCCUGAAAGGGAGUUUGCGGCCUUCUCCAUUUUCCUUUUUUUUUUUUGAGAUGGAGUUUCACUCUUGUUACCCAGGCUGGAGUGCAAUGGCGUGAUCUCGGCUCACCGCAAUCUCCACCUCCUGGGUGCAGGCAAUUCUCCUGCCUCACCCUCCCAAGUAGCUGGGAUUACAGGCGUGCACCACCAUGCCCAGCUAAUUUUUUGUAUUUUUAGUAGAGAUGGGGUUUCACCAUGUUGACCAGGAUGGUCUCGAUCUCUUGACCUCGUGAUCCACCCGCCUCGGCCUCCCAAAGUGCUGGUAUUACAGGCGUGAGCCACCACGCCCGGCCCCAUUUUCUUUAAGGAAUCCCAGGCUAUUAUAAACUGUGUUAGGUCCCUCAUGCAGCAGAGGUUGGAAAAGAAAGGAGAGAAAGCAGAAGUAAAUGAAGUAAACAGAAUCCAGUCAACUGAAAAGAAAAAAACUUGCUCAAAAAAAGGGGGGAGGGCUGGGCACAGUGGCUCAUGCUUAUAAUCCCAGCAUUUUGGGAGGCUGAGGCAGGUGGAUCAGCUGAGGUCAGGAGUUCAAGACCAGCCUGGCCAACAUGGCAAAACCCCAUCUCUACUAAAAAUACAAAAAUUAGCCAGGUGUGGUGGGUACAUGCCUGUAUAAUCCUAGCUACUUGGAAAACUGAGGCAGGAGAAUCGCUUGAACCCAGGAGGCGAAGGUUGCAGUGAGCCAAGAUCAUGCCACUGCACUCCAGCCUGGGCAACAGAGCAAGACUCCAUCUCAAAAAAAAGGAGAAAGUCCUAGGAGAGAAAAAAGAAAAACAUAACGGCCUUUAAAAUACAAACAGAUGCAUACGUACAGAAACAUAUCUUGGAUGUGGUAGCUUUUAAUUAAGCUGACUUUAACCAUUGUGUUCCUUUAAAAAAAAAAAACUCUUUAAAUCUCAUUUCCAUAUUUCAUGAACUAGGACAAAUUGCCACUAUUUCAGAAGUACCAAGUAUCAAACCAGAAAGGGCUUGAUUUAGGAACCGAAACCCAGGCUGUCAUGGUGGAAAAAGCAGGAGCUUACCUAUUGAAUUGCAGUGUGGGGUGACAGCCAUUACUUUCAGUUUGACCUGGCUAGCAAAAAGGUGGCCUUGUUACGUAAAUAAAGCCCCUUAAAUAGUCAAAAUCAGAAGUCUUUCCUUUUUUUUUUUCUCUUCUUUUGCUGGCUGUUUUUCUUCCUCCACUAUACCACCAUGCCACAUUGCCUUUUUUGUGUGUGCCUAUGGGAAUUUAGCCACUUCAGAGACCUUGUUUCCCAUAAUUUGGAGCUCUCUUUCAGAUUUGAUAAAGUCAGAUAGAGUUGGUCAAACCCAAUGGGAAAAAGACUAAAACAACAACAAAAACAGAAACAACAACAAAACCAGUUAAAGAAACCAAAUGAUUGCACAACUUCUAUGAUGACUCUGCACUCUAAUGAACUGAGUAGCUACCUUGUAAAGACUAUCUGUACAUCCACUGUGAAAUGGAGUUGCAAAAUCUCAAGCUUCUUUCACACAUGAACACAAGAGUAGAAGCACAUAUGGAAGAGUAAAGUGGAAGGGGAUUUGGAUGAUGGUUUGGCAAGAUGCUGUAAGUGGAUUAGGCAAGGCUGCUAAAGAGAAACAGGAAAUGGCUGCGUUAGUGCUUCCGACCGCCAUUAAAAGUAGUAGUUCAUGAUGUUGAAGGUUUGUUGUUGAAAAUAUCUUCCUGAGGCACCUCUACAUUGUGCUUAUUCUUCCUACAACAUUGUACCAAGACACUGUCAAGCCAGAGGGCCAUUGGGCCUUUCUCAUCCUGCUGUAAUCUACUAAUAGCUGGGGACUCUGCAGAAGGACAAGAGAAAGGUGGGAUAGUAACAUCUUUUUGGGGGAAGAAUUGGCUUCCUUUCUUGAAAGUGGUGAAGGUACAGCAGAUAACUGCAUGGAAGGAACAGUAAUUGGAUGGCUACCUUCUACAUUUUGUAUUAGGAAACAAAGUCCAUUGUAAGAGUCCAUGUUGAUCUUGGAAAUAGAAGGAUUGAAAAAUAGCUAAAUUUCUACAAAGAACAAGAACUUGACCAUCUCCUUUUUGAUCUGAAGACUAGGGGACAAUGGAUAUCAUAGAGACAGCAAAACUUGAAGAACAUUUGGAAAAUCAAACCAGUGAAGCUACGAGCACUUACACAAGACCGGCUGAACCUGUUGAAGAAGAAGACAAAAAUGGCAAUGGUAAACCCAAGAGCUUAUCCAGUGGACUGCGAAAAGGCACCAAAAAGUACCCAGACUAUAUCCAAAUUGCUAUGCCCACCGAAUCGAGGAACAAAUUUCCACUAGAGUGGUGGAAAACGGGCAUUGCCUUCAUCUAUGCGGCUUUCAACCUUGUCUUGACAACCGUCAUGAUCACAGUUGUACAUGAGAGGGUCCCUCCCAAGGAGCUUAGCCCUCCACUCCCAGACAAGUUUUUUGAUUACAUUGAUAGGGUAAAAUGGGCAUUUUCUGUAUCAGAAAUAAAUGGAAUUGUAUUAUUUGGAUUAUGGAUCACCCAGUGGCUGUUUCUGAGAUACAAGUCAAUAGUGGGGCGCAGAUUCUUUUUUAUUAUUGGAACUUUAUACCUGUAUCGCUGCAUUACAAUGUAUGUAACUACUCUACCUGUGCCUGGAAUGCAUUUCCAGUGUGCUCCAAAGCUUAAUGGAGACUCUCAGGCAAAAGUACAGCGAAUUCUGCGAUUGAUUUCUGGUGGUGGAUUGUCCAUAACUGGAUCACAUAUUUUGUGUGGAGACUUCCUCUUCAGUGGUCACACAGUUACGCUGACACUGACUUAUUUGUUCAUCAAAGAAUAUUCGCCUCGUCACUUCUGGUGGUAUCAUUUAAUCUGCUGGCUGCUGAGUGCUGCCGGGAUCAUCUGCAUUCUUGUAGCACAUGAACACUACACUAUCGAUGUGAUCAUUGCUUAUUAUAUCACAACACGGCUGUUUUGGUGGUACCAUUCAAUGGCCAAUGAAAAGAACUUGAAGGUCUCUUCACAGACUAAUUUCUUAUCUCGAGCAUGGUGGUUCCCCAUCUUUUAUUUUUUUGAGAAAAAUGUCCAAGGCUCAAUUCCUUGCUGCUUCUCCUGGCCACUGUCUUGGCCUCCUGGCUGCUUCAAAUCAUCAUGCAAAAAGUAUUCACGGGUUCAGAAGAUUGGUGAAGACAAUGAGAAAUCUACCUGAGGAGCAAAACAAAGGCAUCAGCUCUUACACCAAAAGAGUUAACGCUGUUACCAAAGGUAUAGUUUUGUGUUUUAUUUUAGGAGAAGGGACUGGUAAAUGAAGAAACGGACCAAAUAUUGUGUAAAUGAUUAGAAAAAUGAACAAAGUAUUACCCUCUGACUGGUUGGUUUUCUUUUUCAUCUUGAGAAAGAUACAUUCUCUCGCAGCUCUUCAUUCAUUGGUGACAAGCCCCGACCCUGGGACUUUACUAAUGAGCUUGUUAAAGAGGUGCCAAAGAACAUAUUCCUCCUUUCUUUAUUCUUUCUCCACUGAGACCCUCUGCUUCAGAAUUUUUUCAGGAUAUUUUUCCUCGCAAGAUCAGAAGAAUGUGUUAAUAUUUUAAAUAAAAUAUCUGGACAUCUACAGCCACUGUGUAAAUAGAACAACCUAAUGUUGAGAGUGGUUUUUAACAUUAGGUUUAGCAAGGGGGAGAUCGGUGGGUUGUGUGUCAGCUUUGGGUGAAUUUUGUUUCUACCCUGUCAUGGGGAGAGUUAGGAUUGUGUCCGGAGUGCACACUGCUGCUGCCACCCAGUGUUCAGCACUUUAAAUUUUUUGUUUUGUUUUGUUUUUAACAGAACAUUUUAUCUUAAAAAGGAAAGAUGAUCCAAGUAAACAUGAAAGUAUUUGACACACCCCACAGAUUUUACGUAUGUGUAAAUGUUUCACUUUAAAAUCUCUAUGUCAGAUAAACAGGAAACAUGAGGUUGUUUCUGCUAAUGACUGGCCGUUGAGUACAUGCAUAGAUGCUGUCCAUCUUGUAAAUUUGGAUCUGGUACCCCAGGGCAGUCAGCUCUUCUAGCACAGAUGAAAACGUGUGUGUCAACUGAGGCUCAUGCCACGUGGGAAAUGAGCCUGUUUCCCUUCCAGGUCAGGCCCUGGUGUGAGAUCAAUUUUAGGGCUCCUAAUCGGAAUGCAGAAAUAUAUUUGGUCAUGAUUUCUUCCUUUUUAUGUUUGCGGUUUAUGGAAAAACCAAGAUGGAACCUGAAAGUUAAUGUGUCCUUGCUUUUAGCAAGAGACUCAGCUUCUCAUAAACUAGGGCUAGGGACAUAUGCCACAAUUGAGUAAUUUUACUUUGACCCUGUGAAAAUGAUAACAUGGUGCUGCACUAUAAUAUACCCUCAGAAUCAGUGUGUGAGUUACAGCUACACAGUAAAGGGGGAUAACUGUUUCUAAAUCUCUUUAAGGUGAUGCCAAAAAAUAGAUUUUAAAACAUUGAUCGGACUUAUGUUAUCAGAUUUAGUGCAUUAUUUAGUGCUAUUGGAUCUUUUGAACAAUUCUUGGCUUCAUUUCUUAACUACAUUUCUAAAAGUCAAUUUGCAAGACUUUUAGAAACCUUAGAAAGUUUUAAGUUUACAAAAUUAUUAACACUAGGGCAGAGGGUAGAGAGGCCAGUGUGGGCAGAAGGAGGCAGUAUGUUUAUAUUGAAGGUGAAAUUUUUCUUUCAUUUAGAAUGGAAAACAUCCCCAAAUUUAUCAUUAUAAACUAGUCAGCCUUUAUUACACAAAAUUGACCUUUAAAUUGCUUGAGAAAGCACAAUACAAAUCAUUCAGAAGGGUCAACAUCCUUCGGUGCUAAAAUCCUGUGUAUGUUUUCAGAAUUGCUUUUUCUGUGUAUCAUAGAGUAGUCACUAAAGAAAAGAUAGUUGAAUUUAAAGUCAUGAAGCAAGACUCUUUAAUUCUGUUCUUUUAAACAAGAAUUAAAACCCUAAACAUCGUUGGCAGGCUUUGAAGCACAAGGAAUUUUCUGGUAUUUCUUAUCAAAUACACCAAUAAUAAACACAUACCUAGUUUACCUGAUGAGUUUAGACAUAAUUCUAUAUAACGUUUGCUUAUGUUCAUUUAUUAAAUAGCAACACUUGUGCGAGAACAAGGUGUUCUGCUUGAAAACACUGAUUUUUAAGUUCCUCUCACCCGAUCAUGAGGAAAAUCAUCUGACACAGAAGCCUGGGUUUUGCUCUCUGAACACUGGUAUUUUCAUUGAGCCUCUAAUUCAAAUAAAACAACCUGAUACACCUUAGAGCCUUAUUCAGCUGUGUCUGGAUAACCCAUUUUUCUUCUAUUGAAUAAGGGAAAGUGUUUAAACUUAAUUUCAAAAAACCGUUGUGUACCAAUUACUACACACCCUUGAAACAGUAAGCCUUGUAUUUUAGUCAAGUAAUCCAGUUUUUUAAUUUAAAAAAUCACCUUUUAAAGAACUUUAAAGACACCUAUGAUGCCAGCGUGGACAAUGCUGCUGCCAUGUCAUUGAAAUCCAUGGUUUGAAAAUAAGGGUGAGGGAGUCAGUAUUUCAAGAUGGGGAAAAAUAAAACAAAUAGUAAAACCCAUUUACAUGCAGGAAAGCAAACUUGAGCUUCAACCCAAUGUGCCACUUUGGGAUAUGAAACAAGUAUGAUCUUGCCUUUGAAAGGGUAAAUGUUUGGAGCACCUGUUCUUUGCCAAUUAAGAUACAUAUUAUCCUUGAUUUUUCUCUCUGUGCUCCUGUUUGAAGCUUUUCCUGUAAUUUAGGUUGUCUGAGAAAUACCUAUAACAUAUAAUUCCUAUAAAGUAUACCACAUUUUUUUGUAAAUGCUUUCAAAUGAAGUUCCUUCAGAUUCUAGUUUUUGUGCUCCUCCACUAGAUCUGAAAAUAAAGCAUCCUUCCCUGAGUCCACUUAAACUAAUUGUGAAUUUGUUACUUAAUUUACUGCCAUCUUGGGAAACAAGUUUUGCUGUGGGGAAGGAAGGCUGUUUUGAGAGUGAGCAUCGAAUCUACUGUGGUUUGUGGGUGAUACUGCAUUAGGGUUCUUUGCUGUAUUACUAGUGACCCCUUGUGGCAAUACACUCUAUGAUUUGGAACGUAAACACCACUUUUUAAAAACAUAUUUUCAAGUUUUUAAAAGGCAUUUGAUUUUUGUUAUGUUUGCCAAUAAUCUGAAAUUUUCAUGUGAAAUGAAUUAUUUUAAAAGCAUUUUAAACCUUUCCCAAAGGAAAAAUGUGCUCAGAUUAUCUAAGAACUUGUAAUUCUAACCUUUUAUUCAUUUGAUCAAAGAAAAUUUGUAGAACAUUUUUACCUCUCAUGAUCACAAUCAUUACUGUCUCCCUUUAUAACUACCUAUAUUUUGUUUACUUUGAAACACCAAAUUCGUUCUUGGUUUUUUUUUACAUGAUAGAACUCAUGCGGUUUUUUUUUUUUAAUUGAAAGUUCACAUCUUGCCCCUCAAAUAGUUUGACCAUUUUUUUCUUAAUUCUUUUUUGUUUUUGUUUUGCACUGUAAAACUGAUAAAAACUUUAAGCCAGUCUUAACACACUAGCCCCUGUAAUAUAAGGAACUGUAAGAAGGAAUCUCUUAAUAAAUGAGUUUACAUGUUUAAAUCAAGCAUAUUAUAAGUUAGAUGCCAUGUGUUGAAGGCUUUUCUAUUUAUAUAUGUAAAGACUUUUGGUAUUUUUGUUUUAAGUGUCCUUGUGUUGCAAUAAUUUAACUCCUUUAAAUCAGUUGCUAAAAAUAUUUCUUCAUUAAGAAGUGCUCUCGCUGGGCGCGGUGGCUCACGCCUGUAAACCCAGAACUUUGGGAGGCCGAGGCAGGUGGAUCACGAGGUCAAGAGAUCAAGACCAUCCUGGUAAACAUGGUGAAACCACGUCUCUACUAAAAAUACAAAAAAUGAGCUGGGCAUGGUGGCGCAUGCCUGUAAUCCCAGCUACUCAGGAGGCUGAGGCAGGAGAAUUGCCUGAACCCAGGAGGCAGAGGUUGUGGUGAGCCGAGAUUGCGCCAUUGCACUCCAGCCUGGGUAAUAAGAGUGAAACUCCAUCUCAAAAAAAAAAAAAAAAAAAAAAGAAGUGCUCUUGACUUCAACACCCAAACACUGAAGAUCAUGUCAAUGGUACCCAAAGAUAAGUUUUUAUACAGAUAUUCAUUCACCUUAUAAGUUCUGAUAUAUUUUAUUACUCAUUAAUAUAUGCUGUGUUCUAAAUAAAUCCUGAAUGAGAAGAGUACUUUAUUGUGGAAUUAUUUAAAACUGUCCUUUAAAGGAAAAGAGGAAACUAUGAAUAUAAACUAAUCUAGUUGCCAAGUUGGAAUUCAUUAUUUAAUUUCCUUCCUAUGCAAUGAUUAAUGCUGCAAAAUGUAUGGUUAUGUUACCGUAUAUUCAAAAAAGAAAUAUUAUUACAAGAUUUGAGAGGUAGCCAAUUGCAUUCUUUUGGAAAUUUACUGUACUGUUUCCAUGUGUUAAGUGCCUUGUUGUAAAGUAAAAUUUUAAGUCUAGAAUUCAUUAUUUUCCUGACAUAUAUUUUUCAUUAUGAUAUCUACUGUAUGCUGUUGUGAUAGUUUUAUGAAAUGCUUACAUUUAAAUCAAAUGUGUAAAUUUCAGAAGCUCUUUUCUCCUACCCACCAGUACCUUAAUCAUUGGUUUAUCAUAUUGUAUUUGAAUUCAGGUUUCUUUUCUGAUAAAGAGGAAAUUUGUUUUUCAUGCUUGUGAUUUUGUGUUUGUAAACAUUUUAGGAGGAAUUUAGGAGUGUAACUAUAGUUUAUACUUCUAAAAUGUUAUCUUUCAUUUACAUUUUUAAGUGCCUAAUUUUAAAACUGAGUUAUGUUUCUCUUCUAAAGAGGAUAUGUGUACUUGGUUUCUAAUCUCUUUGGUUUUGCUUUUAAAAAAAUGCAAGAGCCUAUACUUUGUAUUUACUUAAUAAAUCACAGUGACAUCAA